AUGUCCACUGGAGAAAUGGAGCGUCUGAGGAAGACUCCGCCCAGGAAGUGUGACCCUGACCUCAGGAAGACCUGUCAGUCACUGAACAAGUGUGGUGUGGGCCAGUACCCAUAUGCCACAGGGUCCGAUCUAAAGGAAAGAUACAUGCAACUCAGCGAUGGACGUUGGGUGUUGAAAACAAAGACAUAUUUUAGUAGAAAUUCACCUGUUCUAUUACUUGGAAAAUGUUAUCAUUUUAAAUAUGAAGAUGAAAACAAGAUGUUGCCUGCAAGAUCAGGAUGUACCAUUGAAGAUCAUGUAAUUGCAGGAAAUGUGGAAGAAUUCCGUAAGGAUUUUAUUUCUAGAAUUUGGCUGACCUACCGGGAAGAAUUUCCUCAAAUAGAAGCAUCAGCCUUCACAACAGACUGUGGCUGGGGCUGUACACUGAGGACCGGCCAGAUGCUGUUGGCUCAAGGCCUCAUACUGCAUUUCCUUGGUAGAGCUUGGACCUGGCCUGAUGCACUGCAUGUAGAGAAUUCAGACUCUGACUCAUGGACUUCCAACACUGUCAAAAAGUUUACUGCAUCGUUUGAAGCAUCACUUUCAGGGGAAAGAGAACUCAGAACUCCAGCAGUUUCUCUGAAGGAAACAACCGGGAAGCAUUCUGAUGACCAUGCAGUGCGGAAUGAGAUUUAUCACAGGAAAAUCAUCUCUUGGUUUGGAGAUUCCCCUGUGGCUGUCUUCGGCUUACAUCGACUGAUAGAGUUUGGGAAGAAGUCUGGGAAAAAGGCUGGAGAUUGGUAUGGACCAGCAGUGGUUGCUCACAUUUUAAGAAAAGCAGUAGAAGAAGCAAGGCAUCCUGACUUACAAGGAAUAACUAUUUACGUUGCGCAGGACUGUACAGUUUACAAUUCUGAUGUAAUUGAUAAACAGACUGACUCUGUGACCUCUGGGGACGGCAGGGACAAGGCUGUAAUUAUCUUAGUUCCCGUUAGACUUGGUGGAGAAAGAACCAACACUGACUAUCUGGAGUUUGUGAAGGGUGUCUUAAGCCUUGAAUAUUGUGUAGGUAUUAUUGGCGGCAAACCUAAACAGUCGUAUUACUUUGCUGGAUUUCAAGAUGACAGUUUGAUUUACAUGGAUCCUCAUUACUGCCAGUCCUUUGUGGAUGUCAGCAUAAAGGAUUUCCCUCUUGAGACAUUCCACUGUCCUUCUCCGAAAAAGAUGUCAUUUCGGAAAAUGGAUCCUAGUUGUACGAUAGGAUUUUACUGUCGAAACAUCCAGGACUUUGAACGAGUGUCUGAAGAAAUCACUAAGAUGUUGAGCAUUUCCUCUAAGGAGAAGUACCCAUUAUUCACUUUUGUAAAUGGCCAUUCCAGAGACUUUGAUUUUACAUCUACUGCAGCCAGUGAAGAAGACCUUUUCUCAGAAGAUGAGAAGAAAAAAUUCAAAAGAUUUAGCACAGAAGAGUUUGUCCUACUUUAAAGAUUAAUGCAUUUGUGUUUAUGAGAAGAGCUUGACCACGGGGGAGCCACGAAGAGUUACAAGCACACUCGAGAUCCUCUGUCAUCAGAUCCCAACUGUGUGUGUCCUUUUAACAAUGCACAUUUGAAAACACCCAAACUUUAAAGGUAUUUUUCUGAAAGGAAUGACUGGAUGGCUCUUGCUUUCUAGUGAUAAAUAACAAUGAUUCUGGUUGCAUUCCUGUUUCCCAAAGAUGUGCUAAUGAAACACUACCUUAACUGUAAGCCUUUUGGUCCCCAGCAUCUUCUACCUGAGCCCAUUGGUCCCCUGGAGGUUUUGAUACAGGUUCCCUCAAAGAUUGGCAUCACCAAAUUAAUUUUCAAAGCCUUGCUUGAUGUUAAUGACAGGAGAGCAGAGACUGGGUCUUCAGAACUUCCCAGGCUCCUGCUGUUAGGGAACCAGAGAAUGCUUUGGCUUUGUGUAUCUAGAUAACUAAAUGGACACGUAAAAUCAUGUAAGCAGGAUUUUCAGGCAAUACUUAAUAAUAUGGUUUUAUAAUAGCUACUCAUUAUGCUUGCUGCAGAGCGAUGAGGAAUGAAUAUAAAGCAUUGUGUUUUCUUCCUCUCUUCCUUUCUUUCUUUUUUUUUUUU